UUUGGCGGCGGUUGUUUUCGCCCAGGCGGCGGUGCGUGGCUUUCGACAGGGGCUGCUCCGCGUGGAGGAGUGAGCCGCUCCUGAAAGGGGCGAUCGCGGCUGGAGGUAGCCAAGAGGGCCGGAGCGGAGCGGGCAGCGGGCGAGGAAGCCCGUGGUCGUCGGCCGCCGCGAUGUCAGCGCAGUGCUGUGCGGGCCAGCUGGCCUGCUGCUGCGGCUCUGCCGGCUGCUCGCUGUGCUGCGACUGCUGCCCCAAGAUCCGACAGUCCCGGAGCACGCGCUUCAUGUACGCGCUGUACUUCAUCCUCGUCGUGCUGCUCUGCUGCGUCAUGAUGUCGAGAACCGUGGCUACCGAGAUGAAGGAGCACGUAAGUCCGCCUCUUUCCAGUCCCCCCCUCCCCCCCCCGUUUCCGCAGGCUGAGGAGGGUGUGUGGGAAGCUUUCAGCGUAGAGGACGGGGCCCCGUCUCCGUGGUGCGGCCUGCGGUCCGCUCGUGUUCUCUGAACCUUCCAGAAGCCUCUUGGGUGCAUUCCUGCCAAGCAGGGGAGCCAGUCGACGUCUUGCAGGUUAGCGGUGGUACAGAUACAGUCCAAUGCUUUGGGUGUAGAGUGUUUUGUCCCAGCCUCGUUCAUAGCUGUUCCUCCUCAGUCGUUUCUUGUAGACUUCUGUACUUUUCCCUUGUCGCGAGGUGGCUGCCGGUGUCUCAAGUAGCCGCUGUUGUAAACUCAAUUUGGCCUACAUGGGAAGCAUGAUGAAACUUAGAAAACCCCGCAGAUAAUGAGGAGUGGGCCGUAGGGCGAUUUUUACUUUGCUGACAUGUCAUUUGUAGGUUGGGGGUCUCCGAGGGUGAGGGAUGGAUUUCUAGCCAUCUCUGCAGCGGUGGGCCUGGUGAUGUGCUGCUGCGGAAGACACGAAGGUCCUUUCCGGGGACUUCCUCCAUGGAAGGCCUUUUAAUCAGCCAGAUGAC